AUGUCGUCUACUUGUGUCAAUGUUGAUCCAUCAAAACGAAGGGGAUCGAACUUAAAUCUCACAAAGUUCUAUGAUGAUGUAAAUGUCAAUGAUCAUUUGCCAAACUUUGUCAGACGUUCUAAGAACGUCGAACUACGUGGAAUGGGAUUCAACUGUGGUGCAGAGAAAGGAAAACAAUUAUUCACUUUUAAUAUUCGUUGGACGGAUUCAUCAUCGGAUGCAAAAAGAAAAUGGGAAGCAAUCACAGAAUCGAUUAAGAAUCGAACUGUUGCAAGUGCGUCACUCACCGAUCUGCACCAAUGCGACGGACCAUGUAAGGGCUUUCAUCACUACCAAAAAAUGAUGUUGUAUCCUGACUGCUCUCACGUGAUAUGCACACAAUGUUGUAAUCAAGAAGAGUCGGCUCCGAAUCCUGACGGAACACCUGGCUGUUGCGUGGACACGUGUUAUCGAGAAUCACUAAUCAAUCGUGUACCGAAUGCUGAAUAUAGGCGCGAAGCCCUCCAGAAGUGCGACCCGUUCACAGCCAUACCUCACAGCCCCGGAAUCGUUCAAAGGCAAAAGGCGUCCAGUGAUAGUGGCAUAAAUUCUGAGACAAAACACCAGUCAUCUACUAACCUUGUCCCAACAGAACUUCUGCAAAUUCGGGUCGUCAUACUUGAGAAGCCUGGUCAUACAAUUGUACGCAGUAAGCUUGAAUUUGAACUUCCUUCCGAUUUCAGUGUCAGCUACAUAUUAGACGUCGUUGAAGAGAAAAUCAAAUACACCGAUGGCAUCGAAAUCUACUAUACCACAGAACCCAUAAGAAGCAAAAAACACUUGAUUCCAAUUACGAUUGUUCCUGAUGACAAAAGAACUCUUGGCAGCGUUGCGAAAGGUCGUAACAUGAUGAAUUUCGUUGUAUCGACUCCAGGAAUUCGAAUGUUCGAAGAAAAAACAACGAAGAACGAUAUUGAACAAUCAAUGGCAAAGCAGACACAUUGUGUCAUCAAAAUUCUGCACAACUACAAAUAA